UGCUCCUGCUCCUCCUCCGCAGCGCGCGGCACAUCGGUGUGACACCGCUUGUACCUGACGACUGAAAGUACCUGUGGAUCCUUGCCUGUCAGCAGCACCAUGGGGGGUUCCGCGUCCAGCCUGCUGGAUGAAGCCAAGUCCAACUACAUCCGAGAUCAGGUCGAAGCUGAGCUGAGGGAGUUCAGUCCGUACUACAGGAAGCAGUUCUCUGUGGCCUGGUUCAACAAGGUGGAGGACGACCUGGAACAGAACAAGCAGAAGACCACACAGCUGCUCAAACAGAGGGCAGCUCCUGAGGACAGUAAGGUGCUGUAUGAAGACGCCAUCCUUUACUUUGAUGACAGCAGAAAAUGGAAGGAAAGGUACGUGGUGGUGAGAGCCAACUACUCCCUGGAGUGUCACGACAGCCUGGAGUCUUUUCUAAAAGGGGGUCCUCCUUGCUACAAGCUACUGCCAACAGGAGGCACCGUUCUGACCACAGAGGAGAAGUACAUGGCCAUGGUGGACAAAUGCUUUCCUGACGACAACAAUGUGAAGGAGGAUUUCGCGCCGGCUCUGUCAGGGAUGCCGGGUCAGUUUCCUGUCUACCUUCGUCUCCCCUACAGGAGGGACUCGUACUUUUGCUUCAGGCAGCAGGGCAAACAAGCCACCUUCAUCUCCAUCCUGUCAGACUGCAUCAGACACCAGAACCAAGAUUUUCUGAAGAAGAAGACAUGUGAAGUUCAGGCCUUCCUCAAAGCCAUCCAGCUCUACAGACAGGACAAAGGCAAAUACGACGUGUGGGACAUGCUAAUAGGAAGUGACGUCAGGGUGAUGGCCAACCAGGUGAUGGAGCAGCUGCUGCCGUCUCUGGAGAAAGAUAUGCUGCCUCGCCUCAAAGCCAAGAAGAGCGAGAAGAAGAGAGUUUGGUUUACUACAUUGGAGGCUGCAUACAUUCUGGUCCAGGAGCAUUUGCUGCAGAAUCUGUCAGGAAUGAAGGAGGAAUGUCGAGUCUCGGUCCGGAAGCAGGAGGUGCUGAUCCACUCUGACAUGGACCAGAUCCUAAACUCCAGAAAGCAGCUGGAGGAGAAAAUCCGAGCUAAAGUUUCAGAACCAGCAGAGAAGCUGUGCUCCGAGUCCAUCCAGCCAUACCUGGGCUCAGCUCUGGAGGAACUGAUGAAACCAAUCAGCUUAGGCUUUCUAGAAGGACGGCGGCUUAUGGAGACCAUGAUGGACCAGGUGUGUCAGAUUGCCCUGGACAGCGUAGCUGAUGAGCAUAUUAAGAAGGCUCUGAAUAACAUGUCGAGACCAAACCUGGUGAACUGCUACCAGAAGAUCGCCUCCCUGGAGGAUGAGCUGCAGCAACUGAAGGAGAGAUUUGGUUUCUCCAACGUCAAAGGGAUGAUACAGAGCGCUCAGAUCGACCUGCAACAGCUGAUGCAGAAUGCCAUUUACACAUUUGAGCUGCUGCUCAACAACGCCAUUCAGGUACACCACAAUGAUGCCGGCAGCGCCAUCGAAAAGGCCAAACACAGAGUCCUUAAGCAAUUCGACUAUGACAGCAGCACAGUGAGGCAGAGGAUCUUCCAGGACGCUCUGGUUUCCAUCACGCUGCCGUUCAUCAAGAGAAACCUGGCUCCCACCUGCAAAGAAGAGCUUCGGGGUCUGGAACAAACCAUUUACUCUGACUACACCGACUUCAUCCACGUUGAGAACGUCUAUGAGAAAAUCCUCAUGCAGAUCCUGGAUGCGGAGGCCUCUAAAGUGGUGAAGGAGGCGGCCGACCUCAAGAAGCACAACCUGCUCACAGAGAGCGACCUGGCCAGGCAGUUCAGCCGCUCCAGCCUCUCUUCCACCUCCACCCUUGACAGCCCUGAACUGUCGCAGACUUCCAACAAACAGACCACGGCUCUGUCUCCUCUGGUGGCCAACGGCUUGCCUCCCAGCCCACUUAAAAAGGAGGUGCUACUCAACAAUGCAGCUAAAGCUCCAUCAGAGAAGUUGGAGCAAGUGGCUGCUGGUCAGGAGAAGGAGGGGGAGCCAUUCACAAGAGGUGGAGGACAGGUGGAGUCUGGGAAAACUGAUGAACUUCAAACUUCUGCUUCAGUAGAAAGUCCUCGAAUUAAGACUCAAAACCAGAAGGCAGAGAUUUCUGCUCCAACCAAAGACGCUCAAACAGCAGCUGAGCAAGAACACAGUCAAGAACCCGUUACUCUAUCAGAACCUGUUGCAGCAGAACCAAAAGAUGUGAGCCCUCCAGCUAAAGAACACAGAUCCCUGUCUUCAGCCAGCAAUGAGAAGACAAACCAAAGUGAAAGCUCGAAAGAUAAGUUAGAGGCGCCACCUAGUGGAGCAGAUGCUGAAAACGUUGCUCUACAACUGCAAGUGGAAAAAGCUGAGUCGGGUGCCAUCUCAGACCCUAAUUCUCUGGACGUGUCUGUUGGAAGCGAGUCGACCCGCUCUGAUCCAGAGUCCACUGACGAUGUCUCAACAGCCUCUGACACCUUGGAGGUGGCCGACCCUCCUGCAAGCUCAGACAAGGCCAAAGCUGAAGCUGAAGACUCUCCCUCCCAAGCCCCGGAGGAAGGGGUGAGCAGGGAUGUGGAAGUGAAGGACAGUCAAUCUAUAGCAGACGUAAAAGCCUCAACGACCUCUGACCUCUCAGAGGCCACCAAGCCGCCGGCUUCCUCACAUACCGAGGCCACGGUUGUAGCUGAAAACAGCAUAAAAGUGGCAAGUUUGCAUCAGGCGGCUGAUACCACGAUAUCCCCAGACGACACCAAAGCGAAGGCUCUGGGCAGCGUCAAAGAGAUCCGUAACCUGGUGAUGGAGGUGAUUGAGGUGGAGCAGCCUGUGCAUCUUUACCCAAAUGCAUCUGCCCAGGUGGAGUGACAGAUCUCCAGGGAUUUACAUCAGGAGAGCUUCAUAUAACAUUUAAAAAAAAGUAUGCAUGAAAAAAGUAACUAAUUUAUACACCAGCAUAUACGAAGCAUACGUAUCCAUUGCUCUGCUCUGUCACACUUUUAACAAACAUUACUGCUUUCUUUUUUCCUGGAUGUUCCUGACAACACAGAUGAAGAACGUUGUCUUUUUUAUGUUAUGCCUAUAAGUGGAACACUUGAUUAUCUCUGACGGAAGUUGAUUUGAGGUUUGCAGUUGGGGAUAAAGACGGGAGUUAUGAUGAGUGUCUGCAGAGUUGAAAUAACAAACCAAUUUAUUAUUCUGUUUGAUCAUUUAAUCGAUCCCGGCGUGAGAAUUUUUUUUCAUAGGCCUAAGGAUGCAUGAAAACCAUCAGGACCUCUGGUCUUUGUUUAAAUCUUGCAGCUUCAGAUACACAAACAGAAACAAACCAAACCUCCCAAAAUGUUUAAAUGAAGAUUCUGAUGUAAGCUUUCAGAGAAAAUCUUACAGUUCAGCCACGCCUCACUUUUCUGUCUUAUAAAUUUAUUCUGCAGCUUUAUUAAAGCAUGUAAACACAUAGAGGUCAAUAGGUCACCCAGGAGGUCGGGAGAACGUCUAAAGCAGCCUAAAACACAGAGUUUUAAGAAUUUUAUCAGUAGGGGAACCUGAUCGAAUCCUGCUUUAAAAUGACUUAUGAGCAAAAAAAAAAUAAUAGAAACUUGGCUCAUUCGGAGCUAACUGCAACUGUAAUCAAAUUUUUAAAGCUGAGUGUUUUAAAUGCCUCUAAAUUCCAUUCAUCCAUCUCCUUAACCUGUUGUCCCUUUUAGGGUCAAGGGGUUGCUGGUGCCCGUCCCAGCUACUGUUGGGCGAAGGCAGGGUACACCCUAAACAGGUCGCAGUCUGUCGAAGGGAUGCCUCUAAAUUCUUUCUUUUUAUAUGAGCAUAAAAAACUCAAAAAUGAAUAUAGAUUUUUAAGAUGUCAAAGAAGAAAAAUGCACAGAAUUGCUGAGUUCAUUACCUCCAUGUCGCCUCCAUGUGCCUUUCCCUCUCACAAUAAAGGAAUCCGACCUUCUGCGGGAGGAUGCGGUUGUCGUAGCAACACCUAACUCAUCUCAGAAAAGUGCUUUUUAAAUUGUGAAGUUACAUUGAUUUAUGGAAGCCUUGUGGAAAUAAUAAAAUAAACAAAUAAAAUGUCUUAAAACAUAAA